AUGAUACAUCAACCGUAUCCUCCAGCAGCUACUACCGAAAGCUAUUUCUUUUUUGAUAAUGCCGCUCCUCAGACGGGGAAACGGACUUAUCCGAACAUUGCAGAAGAAGUACCAUGGCGACAACGCCACUUAUCUGGGUCCAAGUCUUUUACAAGCAAUUGUGCUGAAAGAAAUACGAAUGACCCCUACUUCGUUUCAGCUUAUUCAGGAACACCAACGUACGAACCCAUUCCGAAGAAGGCAAGGGUUGUCAGUGACGAUGAGCACGAAGAUCCCACUACUAUGAGUCUACACAGAAUGAAGAGAGCUCUUCAGCAAUUGGAGACUGAGGAGUCUCUUCACGUUGGACGAGAUACCAAAAGAGCCAGAAUGGAAGUACUGCUACCUGUAUCAGGACCACCGCUACCACCGGAACAAGAGACUCGACUGGUAUUACGAGAUCCCUCUUUACCGCGUAUUCCUCACCCCAUGCAAGAGGCAGAAAAAGCAAUCUUCAAUAGCUUGCUUUUGCAACGGAUCUCGAAUCGAUAUGGAGGAGUACCCAUUCAAUUGGAUCAUGUCGAUUCAAGACUGCAAGAACUGAUUCGAAGUUCCAUGCAAAGGACCAUUACUGCUAGGAGUGAAGAUCAGACUAGUAACAGCAGUUCGAUGGCCUCGUGCGCCUCAUCCGACGAUGUCACCAUGGAAGAGGAUGAACGGCAGGAUUCGCCUGAAUCAGGAGCAUCCUGCUACUCCUCUUCCUUCGAUGAAUCCAUGAUGACAUUUUGA